AUGGCGGAUGAUAUGGAAACCCUAGGCAUCCUCGACGAGAUUCAAGCUCUUGUAUCAGACAAACUUCAAGUGUCAAAGGACGUGUCUUUUUUCUUUUUAUAUUUUUUUGUUUGGNAGUGGCUGAGUCGAAAUUUUUUGGUGUCAUCAGAUUCUGCAAAGAGGUUGCUUCAGGAAUUUGUUGAAAAGCAUGGAAAUGGUCUUGAGGUAGUCUAUAGCUUGUCUGGCUGGUUGAAAACUAGCCCCUCAACCUACCAUAUAAGACUUGUCUCUACUCCUAACCUCGCAGAAGCCAAGAAAGAAUUAUCGGACGAUUGCUCAGUUCAGGUCUAUAGCGUGCAAGCUUGCAUCCCUAAGGAUCCAGUGGCCCUCUGGAAUACUGAAUUUGUCCAGGCUGAAGAGCUCUUUAGGCAGCCCCUCUCAGUUGAUAAUUGUUUGCUUGAUAAUAGAUUUUGUGGAGUUUCAAAUCCUUUCGUCAAGCGCAAUGGUGGAGGAACAAUUCCAAGCACUGCUACUGUUCCUCAGGUGAAAAGUGGAGCAUUAGGACUUCGUAAAAGUAACUCUACUGCUCAAGCGCAACCUGAGCAGAAAAAGGUUCAGGUACCAAGUCCUAGUGCCAAUGUGCCAUCUUCGCAUGUGGUUGAUGCCAAAAGUGAGAGUCGUGGCACAUCAGGUCCUGGACAGGGUAGUAAGCUUGCUGCAGAAAAAGACAAAGUUGCUCAACUGCCGGCUGCUAAGAAGGCAGUUCAGUCUGACAAAAGUUCUGCUAAAAAUGGCGGGGCAUUGGCUAAUAUGUGGGGUCGUGUAUCCACAAAGCCAAAAGCGGACAGUGUUUCAGCUGCUACCAGUGACGCCACACCAAAUCCUGCUGGUAAUGCGGCUCAAAUAUGUACUCCGGAAGGAAUAGAAGAUAGGGUCAGUGAUGAUGAUGAUCAACAAGUCAGCGUCAGGAGAACAUCAAAUGGUGAGGGAAAUAGAAAGAGGAGGGUAAUUUUUGAUUUUUCGGAUGAAGAAGAUGAAUUCAAGGAUGCCGUCAACCUAGCAUCACCUGAUCCUCCAAAGCAGAAAUUUAUUUUAGGAUCAAAACAAAGUCCUAGUACUCUAGAACUGGAAAAGCAGGAAGUCAAGAAGGCAAAGGAGGCUAGCACCAAGAGUCAUGAGCGAGAAAGAGAACCCUUACCUACCAGCGAAUCGGAGAAGUCUAAGUUGUCCUCUUCAGAGAUGAUUUCAGAACAUGCCACUCUUAAGAAUGCAACUGUAAAGGAUGAAGUGGCUGAUGCUGCUCCAGUUUCCCCUAAAAGGAGAAAAAUAUUGAAGACACAAAUUGAUGAACGUGGAAGAGAAGUGACCGAAGUUGUUUGGGAGGGUGAAGAUGCAGAAGCAAAGGUUGACGGUAAUACAAUGAAGAAAGCUGACAACAAACCAGUUAAUAGUACUGGUGACAGACCACCUAUGGCUAAGAAGUCUCCCGCGCUGGGAAGUACUGCACCUAUGCAUCAACCAGGUAAAGCAGGAAACAAGAAAGCAGGAAAUAAGGAUCCUAAGCAAGGGAAUAUUCUAUCAUUUUUCAAGAAGACUUAGAGAUUCAGAUUCAAUCUCAGAAGUUCUUGAAACUUCAGAGAUUACCGGUUUUUCAUGGUUUGUUUGGGUACAGUUUGGACCAUUUUCUUGUAUGCAUAACCUGUUUCUGCAUGAUUUUUGAUACUCCACUGUUUGUAAAGUUGCAGACAUUCCUUAAUGUUCACACUUAUAGUAAUCGAAAAGUGGCGUCUCCUUCAUCCGUUAUACAUUCUGUACCCAAAGACACAUCAAUUCUUGUGUAAACUGAGGUGAUGUGCUCAGUUACAGUAUUUUCAACAUGUACUGAUGUCAAGUGAAGUAUAAUAUUGAUAACUCGACAGGACAGAGACCUGCCAUCUCCAA